AUAAAUAAAUAAAUGACAACUAGUGCUUCUUCUCCUUCUUCUUCUUGUUCACAACAUUGUUGUUUAGGUUCUCAAUAUAAUACUUAUCUAAAUAAUAAAUUCUCAAAUUCUUCACCAUCAAAUAUUGUUUUUAAUAGUAAUAAUGGGGAAAUUCUCAAAAUCAGCUUCAAUUCUAGAUCAUCAUCAAUUUCUUCAAAGAGACGGGGAGGUAGAUUAUGUGCUUUACCUCAAGCAGGUGAUGAGGACAGGCUCCCGACACCGAUUCUUGAUACUAUUGAAACCCCGAUGCAUUUGAAGAACUUGUCUCACAAGGAAUUGAAAGAAUUGGCCGAUGAUAUUCGCUCAGAGUUGUCGUUUAUAAGGAAUGAAACUCAAAAGUCCGUGAAAGCCAGCAUGUCCGUGGUCGAGUUGACCAUUGCUAUACACCGUGUCUUUUCUGCACCCAUGGACAAGAUAUUGUGGGAUAUUGGAGAACAAACGUAUGCUCAUAAGAUUCUCACUGGAAGGCGGCCUGCUAUGAAUACACUUAGACAAAAGAAUGGAAUUUCUGGAUAUACAUGUCGUUCGGAGAGUGAGUUUGACCCUUUUGGUGCAGGCCAUGGAUGCAACAGUAUAUCUGCUGGACUUGGAAUGGCAAUUGCACGAGAUCUUAAAGGGAAGAGAGAACGCAUUGUUGCAGUUAUAAGCAAUGAAACACUAGUGGCUGGCCAGCUAUAUGAGGCAAUGAGCAAUGCAGGAUAUCUGGAUUCUGAUAUGGUUGUAAUAUUAAAUGACAGUCGUCAGUCAUUACACCCAAAACUGGAGGUGUCCCCUAUAACACCAAUUAAUGCACUCUCAAGCGCUUUUAGCAAAUUGCAGUCUAGCAGAUUGUUCCGAAAAUUUAGAGAAGCUGCCAAGGGUUUAACAAAAAAAUUCGGUAAGGGUAUGUAUGAAUGGGCAGCCAAAGUCGAUGAAUAUGCACGUGGUAUGAUCGGUCCACUAGGGUCCACUCUGUUUGAAGAACUUGGUUUGUAUUACAUUGGUCCCGUGGAUGGCCACAAUAUUGAAGACCUUAUUUGUGUUCUUGAUCAAGUUGCAUCCCUGGAUUCGACCGGUCCUGUUUUGGUUCAUGUUAUAACUAAGGAAGAUAAAGAAGUUCAAUCUGAGAAGCAGAUUGGUCUAUCAAACAAAUUCAAGGAAGAUCCGUUUGACCCAGACCCACAACCGAGUAGCCGUAGCCAAACAUAUAGUGAUCGAUUUGCUGAGGCUUUGACUAUGGAAGCACAGCUAGACAAAGAUAUUAUGGUAGUGCAUGCAGGAAUGGGAAUGGAACAGUCACUUAAACUAUUUCAAGAAAAGUUUCCGGACAGGCUGUUUGAUGUAGGUAUGGCGGAACAGCAUGCAGUCACAUUCUCGGCUGGUUUAGCAUGUGGUGGAUUGAAGCCAUUUUGUAUUAUACCAUCUACUUUUCUUCAGAGAGCAUAUGAUCAGGUCGUUCAUGAUGUAGAUAGGCAAAAGAUACCAGUGCGUUUCGUGAUUCCAAGUGCCGGUUUGGUAGGGUCUGAUGGUCCCACAAAUUGUGGAGCUUUCGAUAUAACCUUUAUGUCAUGUUUACCAAACAUGAUCGUUAUGGCACCUUCUGAUGAGGUUGAGCUUGCUAACAUGGUAGCCACUGCGUCUUGCAUUGAUGAUAGGCCCGUCUGCUUCCGAUAUCCAAGAGGUGCCAUCGUGAAGUCAAACAGCUCUAUAUACCAUGGAGUUCCCAUUGAGAUUGGUAAGGGAAGGGUUCUUGUAGAGGGUAAGGACAUUGCUUUGCUUGGCUAUGGAGCGAUGGUCCAGAAUUGCCUUAAAGCUCAGUCCCUUCUUUCAGGACUUGGGAUUGAUGUGACUGUUGCUGAUGCAAGAUUCUGCAAGCCACUGGAUAUAAAGCUUGUGAGACAAUUAUGUGAAAAUCACUCGUUCUUAAUCACGGUUGAGGAAGGCUCUAUUGGAGGGUUUGGAUCACAUGUUGCACAAUUCAUAACUCUUGAUGGGAAACUUGAUGGAACAGUCAAGUGGAGGCCCAUUGUGUUACCAGACAACUACGUGGAGCAUGCAACACCUAUGGAACAACUUGCUCUAGCCGGGCUAAGCGGACAUCACAUUGCUGCAACCGCACUUAGUCUGCUUGGUCGAACCCGUGAAGCUCUUCUGUUGAUGUGUUAAAAGAGGAAGAUGGGCGGUUCUUGUUUAUAUGUACAUUAGAUAUAUGAGCUAUCUUCGUCGUGCGUUCAUUGAUUUGGUGCCUACAAAACAUACUCGCAUCCUGUUGUACUUGGUGACACCAUCACAUCAUCUCAUUUAACCAAGUAAAUAUGAUCGUAGAUUUUGUUUUCAUUUUUUAAGUUCAUGAUUUGAAAGUAGUAUAUGUUCUUCUUGAGUCAUAAAUGAGGUAUAUACCGCAAAGAUUUGAUGGUUUCUGUCCCUUGCAACCAAAAGAUAUGUUUUGUCAUAGGACUUCAUGUGAUUGAUAGAGGUUUAGUAUCAAAAUCAUCCAUCCUUUUCCUUUGAGCGAGGAAUAUUGUAUAUUA